AUGCCUCUCGAUCAGUUUCAAACUUAUGUGGUCUCACUGCUUAACUCCAGCCUGGUCAAGUAUGUCGGCCUCAACUCGACGGACGGUGACAGUUUGGUGUGGCUAUUUCUUCAAGGCUCGCGAUACCCGAUAGCUGAAGGCCUGAAAUGUGCUAUUUCACUCGCUUUCUGCGUGACGCCUGAACGAAUAAUGCGCAGUUUAACAGUUAUGCUUACUUGA